AUGGGCCAACGAUUGUCUUUGUUGGCUCCAUCAGCCCCUACGGUCGCUAUAUCGUCAUACAUUGAUGAUGCAUUGAACAACAAUUACCAGUACCUUGAACUACUAAGUAAUUCACGAUUCUUGAAGACAAUCAAAGCAAUUGACAAAACUACCGGUGGACUAGUUAUAAUCAAGAUCCUUAUCAAGCCAUCUACAAGCUCAUUCAACAUACAACUACAAGGACUAACAGAGUUCUUGGUCAAGCAAUCCAAAGCUAUAUCACCCAUGAUUAAUAUCAAUUGUUAUCUGAAGAUUAUUGAAACCGACAGAGCAGGAUAUCUUAUCCGACAAAUGAUAAAGACCAACUUGUAUGAUAGAUUGUCAAUCAGACCCUUUUUGGAACCAAUAGAAAAGUCCUUUAUCAUCUUCCAACUUUUAAAGUUAGUCAGUCAAUUACAUGCAUUAAACAUUCAUCAUGGUGAUUUAAGAUUAGAGAAUUGCUUGAUUACAAGUUGGAAUUGGAUCUUGCUAAGCGACUUCUCGAAUAUGAUUAAGCCUACAUUUGUACCUAUGGAUAAUCCCAACCAAUACGCAUUCUACUUUGACGGUAGUUCCAAUAGGAGAAUUUGUUACUUGGCUCCAGAAAGAUUUUAUAAAGGACAACAUCUUCAAAAGCAUAGCAAUUUUAAUGAUGAUGGUCUGUUCAAUAACAAGGAAACCCUAACUGACGCCAUGGAUUUGUUUAGUUUGGGUUGUAUUAUAGCUGAAUUAUAUUCUGAUGGUCAACCUACAUUUACAUUGUCACAAUUGUUCAAGUAUAUGGAAGAUCCAAACAAACUUGAUUUAGCAUAUAUCAAUGAAGAAAAUGUUAUUAAACUAGUUAUGAAGUUACUCAAGGUCAAUCCUAAUGAUAGAUCUACAGCACGAGAACUAUUGGAUGAAUUUUAUGAUAUUUGUUUUCCUGAAUAUUUUUACACUUUCUUGUAUGACUUCAUGGAAGGAUUGAAUGAAGGAGAUUCGAGUGAUGAGAAGAUUGAAUAUAUCUAUGACAAUUUUGAAUUGAUAAGCAAGGCUUUGCAUUUUAAUUACACAAACGCAGACGAAAGUAAUGGUGAAUUCCUCUCUCCAAUUCCCACCAAGUUAAACCUUCCUACAAUGCCAUACAAUUAUUCAAUUAAGCCAAGAAAACCAGAUUUACAACCUUCAUUAAUCAUUCUUAAUGCGAUAUGUUCAUUCUGCAAAACAUUGACUCAUGUUGAUUCAAAAUUAAAGGCAAUAGAAUUGAUAUUAGCCUUUAGUGAACGGAUAUCUGAUGAAUCGAAAUUGAAUAGAAGUUUACCUUAUUUGUUUCAAUUCAUUGACGAAUAUGUAGAGUAUUAUCAACAACCACAAACUGAAGAAAGCCAUAUUUCAUGUAAAGUAGUUUCUCACACUAUUCAUGCUAUAACUACUUUGUUACUGACUAUAACCUACAUCACGCCAAUUAACACCCUUUUAUUCCCGGAGUAUUUGUUGCCCAAACUUUAUAAUCUACUCAUACUCAAACUUGAUUCCAAUUCCAGAAAAAUGAUUAAUUGUUCAAUUGCUAUUUGCUUACCAUAUUUAUCAACCAUAUCACAAAAGUUUUGGAUCAUGUCAAAAGCAUUUGCAACUCCACCUUCUAAAGAUCAGUUAUAUGAUAAGUUCAAAACUUUGACAUUGUUAUUAUUGACAGAUUCAGAAUCAACAGUUAAAUGUAAUGUUCUUACCAAUAUCUUACCAUUAUGUCAGUUUUUCGGUGCUGACAAAACAAAUGAUAUCAUAUUACCUCAUUUAAUCUCAUAUCUUAACGAUCAUACAAAUCAUGAAUUAAGAUUGACAUUUUUGGCAGCAAUACUUGAAAUCGGUCCAUUUAUUGGAAUAAUCUCAUUUGAACAGUACUUGCUUCCAUUACUAAUCCAAACAUUGAAUGAUAAUCAAGAAAUGGUGAUUCUUAAGGUACUACAAGUUUUCCAUACGUUUACCAAAAAUAAAUUUAUAACCAACAAGGUGGUGUACAAUGAAAUUUUGAAUAAUUCCAUAUGUCUAAUCAUACACCCAAACCAAUGGAUUCGCCAUUCAAUUAUUAAUUUAAUCAUAUCAAUCAAUGAAAACCUAACAAAUGUGGCCGAUAGUUAUUGUUGGUUAUAUCCUAUUUUGCAACCAUAUCUCACUUAUGACAUUACUAUUAUUGAUUGGAAUUCAUUGUAUACCAGCUUAACAAGACCACUAACUAUCAAGAUCUUUGAAAUGAGUCGAGAUUGGUCGAGGAGUCAACGACUGUUAUUUUGGAGGAAUUCCUCAAAAACAUUGUCACAUGAAGAUAGACAAUGGGUGAUUAAACUAAAAUCUAUUGGAUUGGAAGAAAAGGAACUAUGGAAGAUUAGAAAGUUGCGAGAAUAUAUCCGACAUACUCAUCCUGCCGAACAAUUAGAAAGCAGGUUCAAUAAUCCUGGAUUGAUCAAUCCUCGCAACAUAUUCUUUGAUAUUUCAUACAAGUCUGAGCCAAUGAUUAAUUCCAAGACGCGACAAUUGAGCAUUGAUAUUGAAGUUGACAAACCACUGUCAUUCCUCACACCAAAGGUCACAGCCAGCAUUCAAACUAUGGAAACUAAUGUAUUUGGAGAAUUAGAUGGAUUACCUCAUUCCCAUAAAAGUUCGUCAGUUGUCAAUGGACAUGUUCCUACUCGAGUAUUCAGUAUUAAUAAUUCAAAAAUAAUAACUACGCAUAUAAGACAUACCUAUCUGGGACUGAACCCUUAUAUUUUGAAUUACUUGAAUGGAAUAACUCUUACUCCUACGCUUCUGGAUUUCCCGGAGUUUGGAAGCGUGCAUCGUCAAAGCAAGCAACAGCAACAGAUUGAAUUUAAGCCAAGAGGAAGCUUGGUGGCACAUUUAAAGGAUGAAAUUGAUGCCAUUAAAUGUAUUGAAGUUGUCAAUACUUCGGAAUUUUUUAUUACUGGGUAUGAAAGUGGAAUUAUCAAAUUGUGGGAUAGUUUCAAGAUUGAAAAGAUUAUCAAUAGUAAGAAUUAUCAAUUGAGUAUAGAUCUCAAGAGUGAAAUUACGUGUAUUUGUUUCAUACCUGACCGAUUUGUAUUUGUUGCAUGUACCAAAGAUGGACAAGUGCGGGUGUUUUCCGUGGAAGUAAGUCGCAAUAAGAAUAGAAGGAUCGUAAGAUAUGUCAAGUUUAGAUUGUUACGACAGGUUAAAAUUGACGGAUAUAUAUUACAUGCUAAGUUUAGUAAUAAUUUCCUAGUUUGUGUUGAUUCAAAUCUGAAGAUUUUGAUGUUUGAUAUUAUAACUAUGAAUAAAGUAAAGGAAGUUCAGAAUCCAUUGGUUCAUGGAAUAAUCAACACAUUUUUUGUUGAAGAGACUUGGAUCAUUACCGGUACAUCUCUGGGAAUAAUCAACUUAUGGGAUCUACGAUUCAAUUUACUUAUCAAGUCAUACCAAUUGAAAUAUGUGAUGAAUGAAACAGUGUACUCGGUGAGUUCUAUCAAGUCAUUCCAGGUGGUGAAGAAAGAAGAAGGUGAAUUAACUAUUGCCGUAAGUAUCGGGGGUGAUACAUCACAUACAAUUGUUCUUUUAGAAAUUCCUAAUUUUGAGGUCAAGACUAUCCUUCGUGUCGACCAAGGUGAUUCUAGUGUUGAAAGGUACUUUGUAGAAGGAACCCCAAACAAAACCAAUAUUGAUGAUUUAUUAAAAGACUUGGACGUGAAUAAACCAAUUAAACAGAAUGAAGUCAUGGCUGUUCGCUCAAUAUUGCAUUAUUUAAUAUGUGCAACAUACGACAAACGUAUAAUUCUAUGGGAUUUAUCAAACAUUAGUAGUUCAACAUCAAUCAACAGUCAAUUCCAAUCAAGAUUUGUGACAAGAACGGUCCUGAAUACUGUUAUAAUAGAUGAGAAAUUAGAAUUGAAAGACAUGAUUGAAUCGGAACAUGAACAAACCACGUGGUCUGGGGCAUCCUCGAAAGCGCAUUUAGAUAUUAUCAAUGAUUUGAACUACUUGUAUGAACCUUUUGAAAUGAUUAUAUCUGGUGAUAGAAGUGGAGUGUUGAAUUUAUACAAGUGA